AUGGAUCUUUUGGGAUUUAUGUAUAGCAAUACUCUGUCAACAAGUUCAAUUUCUGGCUUCCUAGAUGUGUUAAUGGUUGCUGAUAAAUUCAAAGCUCCUUCCUGCGUGAAAUACUGUAGCAGAUUGCUGCAGAGAUUGCCUAUAACGUGUGUGUACGCCUUGGUUUUUCUUGAUCUUCCUUCAACUGUUGGGAUGGUUGCAGCAGUUCAGCCUCUCGUCUUUGCAGCUACUCAGUAUUUUACUUGUCGCUAUAACAACUUUAUGAAAUAUAAAAAAGAUUUGUUGAAACUGCCUUGCGCUGUUAUUGAGGUGGUUCUUUCUUGCGACGAUCUCGAGGUGGAUUCCGAGGAUGAUAUUUACGAUUUCGUACUUGAAUGGGUGAAUCUGCAUCACCCAAUAUCGGAUGAACGUCGUUCCAUCUUGGCAAUGAAGCUGAGUGAACACGUACGCUUCCCAUUCAUGUCAUGCAAAAAACUGAGGGAAGUUCUAUCUUGUGGCGAUUUUGAUUCGCUAGUUUCGUCCAAGCUUGUCCUCGGUGCUCUCCUUUUCAAGGUUGACCCUUCGUACAGACAUCAUGCCCUAACAACUGGCAUUCCCAUAAUUGGAAGGGAUUAUAAAUAUAUUCCGAUCACGGUGGUGGAGUUUCAAUCGCCCCGCGAACAAGUUACUGUUUACUUUAACCUGAAACGGGAGGAUUGCACUCGGCGUUUCCCACUUCACCGAAUUUAUUCGCAGUCUUUUGACCUAGCCGGUCAAAGCUGUCUGUUCACUGGACUCAUAAUGAUGCACAUGAUUUUCGCAGCUUUGGGAUGUUCUUGGGGAUGCAUGACGAUAAAUCCUUGUCGUAUGUUUUGGUGGAUUACCAGUUUUUCGCUAAGAUCAAACCGAGUGAAGAAUUUACAAUAA